AUGUAUAGUUUCGUAUUUUUCUAUAUUGUUUUUAUAUUUCGUGUGAAUUCCGAUUGUCACGAUGAUCAAUUUACAUGUUCUGAUGGAAAGGUUAGUUUCAUUUUUUUUUGAAUAUCAAUGAAAUACAAUAAUUCUCAGUGUAUUAUGCAAAACUGGAUUUGUGAUGGUGCUCGAGAUUGUUCUGAUGGUUCAGAUGAAGCACAUGAAGCUUGUGACAAACAUAAAUCUUGUAAGUGAUAUUAAUAUGUAUGAGAAAUUUAAAAAACAUUAUAUUUUCAGCCAACUCUCCGUGCUUCGGAAAUCAACCAGAAUGCAAAAAACAAGGAUCAUUUCGAUGUAUUCCUCAUGAAUGGUUAUGCGAUGGUCAUCCGGUUCGUUUUAUUAUUUAUAACUUCAAAAUUCAGAUAAAAAAUUAUUAAUUUUUUUGUUAGGACUGUGAUUCUGGAGAAGAUGAAUUGAAUUGCUCAUCUGUACAUUGGUUCAGAAAACCGGAAAAUUUGUUGGAAAACUAUCAAAAAGCAUUUUCGAAAAUCCCGAAGAAAUGUAGCUAUGGACAUUUCAAAUGCAAAUCAACUACAAAGUGUAUUCAACGAGACAAAUUGUGUGAUAAAGUAAAAGACUGUGAGGAUGGGAGUGAUGAAGAUAAAAAUAUGUGUGAGAUGGAAGUUACAAGUUCAGGUAAUUUUUGUUGGAAAAUGAAAGUCUGGAAGUUUUUUUUUGAUUGUUAGGGAAUUUUUUCAUAGAACAAGAAUUUUUUGAAAAGUUCUUUCUUUCUAGAAAUUGGAAACGUAAUAACUUUACAAAAAAAUAUGUUUCCAUGAAUUCCUUCUUUUUUUUCAAAGAAAUGAACACAACCUGGUUCAAACUAAAAAAUCUUCUCUAGUUAACUAGUGUAGUUUAAAAACAUCAGAAACAUAAGUAAUUUCCGAUGUAGUUUCAAUUCUUUUUUUCAGAAGUGGCUAAAAAUAUAUCAACAUCAUCCCCUCCUCCAACAACAUCUACAGUUUCAUCAACAGCCCCAACCACAUCUACAAAUUCAACAACCACAACCACAACAACAAAAAUGCCAACUCCAGCUAUCAAGAUUAUUGCUUCACCUAUGAAUACAACAUCAACCACUUCUUCCACAUCUUCAACAAGCCUACCAACAUCCACAUCAACGAAGCCACUCACAACCACAACAACAUCUAAAAUACUAUCAAAUUCAUCUGCAUCUACCCCUACUUCAACAUUCUCUCCAAGUUAUGUUACAAAUCUUGUUACAACUUCAACAACUCCAAAGCCAUCUUCAACAUCAGCCACAACUGCACUAAUGAAACCUCCCCCAUAUCUGAUCAAAGCAAUUCAACCAGCGGAAAAAUCGACAUCCACGAAAAGCAUCGUAAAAACAACUUCAGAAAUGAUAACGACAACAAUUCCACCGGUCAUUAAAGUGUUCCCAAAAAUAGAAACAACCACAGUUCAAAUUUUUAAAUCACAAGAUCCUUCAAAUUUUCUGAAACCUGCUGAAAAUACGUCAACAACGAUUCCAAAAAAACCAGUUCGAUUUUAUAAAGGUAUCCCAAUUGUACCAGUAAAUGUCACCAAAAGUUCGAAAGAUGACUGA